AUGAAUAAUUAAUAGAGUAGGAACUUCGUUGGAAAGAAGAUUGAUGAUUAUAUACUUGUAGAUGUAUUAGGCACAGGAGCCUUCGGAUAAGUUUUCUCGGCUUAGAAUAUCAUUACUAAGGAUUCUGUGGCCAUCAAGUCAGUGUCUAAAGCUAAAUUAAAAGAACAUAAUGGCUUAGUUGGAUAAUUACUAAAGACAGAAGUUUAAGUACUUGCUUAAUGCAGCAAUAUUAAUGUGGUUAAGAUGAAUAAGUAUCUGGAAAGCGAGAAUAAUUGCUAUUUAGUAAUGGAAUAUUGCAAUUAAGGAGAUCUUGAAUAAUUGUGGAAGAAAAAGAAUAGAAUAAUCCCAGAGGUAGAGGCUAUCUAAUACAUCAAAUAGAUAUUAAAUGGCAUGAGAGGAUUGCACGAAAUGAAUGUUAUUCAUAGAGAUUUAAAAUUGCCAAAUAUACUAAUCUCUAAUAAUGUUCUAAAAAUAGGAGAUUUGGGUUUUGCUAAAAGAAUGGAGAGUUUAGACGGAGUAGUCAAAGAAGCAUUAGGUACAUUAGGCACCAUGGCACCUGAAAUCAUUGAGUUCAAACCAUAUGGAAUUCUUGCUGAUAUGUUUUCCAUUGGAGCCAUUUACUAUCAAAUGCUCUUUGGAGUUCUCCCAUUCAGUAUCAAAAGCUACAAUGAUUUCUUGAAAGAUGUCAAAUCAAGUAUCUUCUAUAGUAUUAUUCUUUAAGAUUAGCCUAACUUUUCAAGAAAUAACAUAAAAAUAUCUAAGGAAUCAUAGGAAUUAUUAAUUCGAAUGCUAAAUCCAGAACCUAAAUUAAGAUUGUAAUGGAAUUAACUAUAUGAGUCUCCAUUAUUUUCCAAUUAAGUUGUAAAUCCAGCCUUAUGUUAGUUAACAGUAGAAUAGGUAGUAGCUAAAUAAGUAGAUUUGAAAAUGAAUAAGCAAGUCUAUUAGCAAAACUAAUAAAAAUUUGACAACAUCAAUAAUUAGGAUAUGAUAAAGAAGCUAUAAUUUGAUGUUCCAAAUUUAGAGCACAAAUAAGUUUAGGAUAAUUCUAAUGAUGAGAAACUAUUAUAGGAGGCUCUUAAAUAAAAGCAAAUGUAGCAGUAGAAGACGAAUGAUCUAAACAAUGUGUUUGAGAAAUAUCUUAAUGAAAGAAAUACUCUUGUAUUUUUAGGCACUGUUCUUCAUGAAAUUCAUUAGAGGAAACAUACCCAAAACACUAAUGUGUUUCUUCCUGCCUUCAUUAUUUCAAAGAAAUUAAUUAUUGAAAUGAAUCGCUUCUUGGAAGUACUAAGAUAAUAGAGAAAUAUCUAUCAAUGUGCAUAUUUCUUUGAACUUUACACUUUCCCUUAAUUUAAUGCCUUUAUUAAGUUAUGUGAAGAGGAUUUCUAAAUUCAGAUGGCUCAUUAUAAUGUGAUACAAUAACAAUUACAAACUAUCCUAUUUCAAAUGUAAAACUAAGCUAAUGAAAAAUAUAUAUCAGAAUUAUCACCUGCACCUUCAGGAUAAUUUGAAGAGAAUUAUCGAGAUAUCUUGAUUAAUUAUUAUAUGUAAUUAUAGGAUGAAAAGGGUUUAAAUGACGAUUAAGACAAUGCUAUAAAUAAUUUGUCUAUUUAUAUUUUAGAUACAAUAUUAUUUGAUAAGGAAGUUAAAAGAUAAUUAUUAAACCAGAAAGUUGAGGACUAUCUCGAUAAGUUCAAUUUCUUGACUUGCAAGGAGAAGGAUGAAAUGAUCGCUUAAAAAUUUUAGCAAAUAUAUUCAUUUUGA